AAAAAGAAAACGCGUUCCUUUUCUUGAAUUUUAUUUUCUAGGUUUGACACUUUGUUUCCCUCCUGAAUUCGUCUGAAAUCGUCCGGCUUGUAACAGAUGUUCUAAAUCGUUCGGUUUCUUGUCAUUGGAACUCCGGUGUCCCGCCAUGGUUGUGCAACGAGUUCCGGAGAACAUCAGUUUUCCUGUGGAGGAGGAGAAAGUUCUGCAGCUUUGGAAGGAGUGGGAUGUUUUUCAGACUUCUCUGAAACACUCGAAAGGACGUCCGAGGUUCUCGUUUUACGAUGGGCCCCCGUUCGCAACUGGGCUUCCUCAUUACGGACAUAUCUUGGCAGGAACAAUCAAGGACAUUGUCACGCGUUUCGCUCACCAGAAUGGCUUUCACGUAGAACGUCGUUUUGGCUGGGAUACUCACGGACUGCCAAUUGAAUAUGAAAUUGACAAAGCUCUCGGUAUUAAAACACCUCAGCAAGUUGCCGAAAUGGGUAUUGCGAAGUACAACGAGGAAUGUCGGAAAAUAGUGAUGCGAUAUGCGAAGGAUUGGGAAGAUAUUGUGGGACGCAUUGGUAGAUGGAUCGACUUCAAGAACGAUUACAAGACUAUGUAUCCGUGGUUCAUGGAAUCAGUGUGGUGGGUAUUCAAGCAGUUAUUCCUGAAGGGUUUGGUCUAUCGUGGAUCAAAGGUGAUGCCGUUUUCAACCGCAUGUCACACGCCACUAUCCAAUUUUGAGAGCGGUCAAAAUUACAAGGAAGUUGUUGAUCCUGCUGUCAUGGUGAGUUUUCCUUUGGAGGAAGAUCCGCAAGUGAGCCUAGUCGCUUGGACGACUACCCCAUGGACCCUACCAUCGAAUUUGACGCUGUGUGUAAAUCCGAACUUGCUUUACGCCAAGGUAGAAGACAAAGCUUCGAAGAAAAUAUUCAUCCUGAUGCAAUCGAGACUGGUUUCUUUGUACAAGAGUGAAGCGGAGUACGCCCUGAUCGACACCUUUCCGGGAUCUAGAUUACUGGGAAAAGCUUACGAGCCGCUUUUCCCGUACUUCGCGAAGUGCUUGACAAUGCUUUGUCCCGAACAGAUGAAGGAAAGAGGAGCGUUCCGUGUUCUGAACGACGAAUAUGUCACGGAAGAGUCUGGUACUGGUGUUGUCCACCAGGCACCUUAUUUUGGCGAGGAUGAUUAUCGUGUGUGCCUGUCUGCAGGCGUCAUUACCAAAGACAUGGAGAUUAUUUGCCCAGUUGAUGAUUCUGGAUGUUUCAGUUCAGAAGUUCCCGACUUUUCUGGUAUGCAUGUUAAGGAUGCGGACAAGAAAAUAACUCAGCAUCUGAAAAGUAUGGGUAGAUUGGUGCAUGUUGGAACCGUCAAACAUUCGUAUCCGUUCUGUUGGCGUUCUGACACGCCGUUGAUUUAUAAAGCUGUGCCUUCGUGGUUCAUCCGCGUUCAGGAUCAUUCAGAAGAUUUGUUGAAAGCUACGGCCAAUACCUACUGGGUUCCCGAUUUUGUAAAAGAAAAACGCUUCGGUAACUGGCUGAAGGAAGCGAGAGAUUGGGCUGUGAGCCGUAAUCGUUAUUGGGGAACACCUAUCCCCUUGUGGGUUUCUGAGGAUUUUGAAGAAGUCGUCUGCAUCGGGAGUAUCAGUGAAUUAGAGGCCUUGACUGGCCAAAAGAUCUCGGACCUUCAUCGCGAGUUUGUAGAUGGACUCACGAUUCCUUCAAAACGUCCCGGUCAACCUCCCUUGCGUCGUGUGACCGAAGUCUUCGACUGUUGGUUCGAGUCGGGUUCCAUGCCUUACGCUCAAGUGCACUAUCCGUUUGAGAGGAAAAAGGAAUUUGACGAAAGCUUUCCCGCAGAUUUUAUUGCGGAGGGUCUAGAUCAGACGCGUGGAUGGUUCUACACGCUUCUGGUCAUCGGAACCCUUAUCCAUGGGCGAGCCCCGUUCAAAAAUCUCAUAGUGAAUGGCAUGGUCCUUGCAGCAGACGGCAUGAAGAUGUCCAAGAGUAAGAAAAACUAUCCGGAUCCAAUGGAGAUUGUUCAUAAAUACGGCGCCGAUGCCUUGAGGCUGUAUCUGAUCAAUUCUCCCGUCGUGCGGGCAGAAAGUCUAAAAUUUAAAGAAGAGGGUGUGCGGGAUAUACUGAAGGACGUGUUCCUCCCAUGGUUCAAUGCCUUUAGAUUCUUGAUGCAGAAUCUGGAGCGCCUGGAAAAGAACUUGCAUGUUCUGACGUCUGGCAUGAUCUCAUUGAGUCUUCGGAUGAGUUCGGCCCCGGCGGAUCGUUCGGAGGAAGGCGAACUUUUUGUUUUCGACGAAAGACAGGUGCAUUUGUCGACCAACACCAUGGAUCGUUGGAUCAUGAGCUUCACGCAGUCGCUUUUGGAAUUCUUCCAUGCAGAAAUGGAGGCCUACCGCUUGUACACCGUGGUUCCAAAGUUGGUGAAAUUCGUUGAUAACUUGACCAACUGGUACGUGCGAAUGAAUCGAAAUCGGCUCAAGGGGAAGACCGACAUCCAUGAUAAUCAUAAUGCGCUUUUAACACUCUUCGGAGUUAUCUUCUCCCUCGUCCGAAUGAUGGCUCCGUUCACCCCCUUCUUGGCAGAAACUAUGUAUCAAACCUUGAGGCAUUGUUGGACUCUGGAAGGAAGAAAAGAAGAAGAUAUUCGUAGUGUACAUUACUUGAUGCUUCCGAAGCCAAGGUUCGAGCUGAUCGAUAUCGACGUUGAACGAGCGGUGUCACGAAUGCAAUCGAUAAUCGACCUGGGUAGGGUCGUGCGUGACCGAAACACUAUCCCCUUGAAGUAUCCACUUCCUGAACUGGUCGUUAUACAUAUGGAGAAAGAGUUUCUGGAAGAUAUAAGCUCGCUCAAAUCUUACGUGCAAGAGGAAUUGAAUGUCAAGGAAAUCACCACAAGCAGCGAUAAAGGGAAAUACGGUGUGUGUCUUCGUGCCGAGCCUGAUUUCCGAGUGCUUGGUAAUCGCCUGAAAGGAGAUCUGAAGAAAGUCAUGGCGAAGAUCAAGGCUCUUAGCGACGAAGAUCUGCACAAAUUCUUGGUUGACGGACAACUCGAAGUAGAAGGACAUGUACUGGAAACAGAUGCACUGAGGAUUAUGUACGCAUUCGAAGGCAGCAAAGCCGAAGAACUGAAAGCACGCUAUUCCGCCCAUUGGGACUCGCAAGUGUUGAUUUUAGUGGACAUUACUCCCGAUCAAGGCAUGCAGGAUGAAGGGACUGCCAGAGAAGUCAUAAAUCGCAUCCAAAAACUGCGGAAGAAAGCUAAGCUUGUGCCCACAGAUCCGAUUUCUGUAUUUUACGAGGUCAAGCCGAAAGGUAGUGAGCUAGAUCGGGUGGUUGAGGAACAUCGCGAAGCCCUCAUCGCAUCAUCUAUCAAAGCUCCAGUUCUUCCUCUGUCGGAAUUCUCUGGAGACGUUCUCAUCCAAGAAACACAAGACCUUAAAGGGUCUUCGUUACACUUGGUUUUACGACGUAAUGCAGCUGGUAGCGCAACGAGUUGCAACGGAUGUCGAUUCCUGAAUUUGGUGUGGCUGUGUGGCAGUGACGUCAAGAAAGGGACGAUACUCCUGGAGAAUCCUGCGCGUCGAGCGGGAUUUGCCGAUAAGGCUGAUUUCGAAAAUUCUGUUCGACGAUUGUGUGAAUACUUCGGGACUAUUCCGAUUGAGUUCUACGAUUUGAGCUGCGGCAGUCCAAGUUUGGUCCAGGACUUAUUUUCAAGACGUUUAGAUUUCAAAUCUAAGACUCUUCUCGUGGUGCCUCGUGGAAGAAAUAUCAAUGGGUUCAGCUUUCCGGUGUCGGACGCUCCCUUCAGCAAAUUUAUCGAAGUUUCCGACAAUGGCGAUCAAGCAAUGAUUCUGUUGGAAAACCCUGUCGGCAACCCCGUUCAUGCGUCGCACGUAGUGAAAUACGCGAAGCAGUUUUUACCUUCGGUAGAUCCCAGUAAGCUAGGAUUGACGAAGCUGUGAUGGGCGGAAGACGAAAGUUCAGCGAUUGAUUUCUCUUCUUCGCGUGAGGAUGCGUCGUCUUGUAUUCGAAGCAAAUACAUCUCUCCUCCCGUCAAAGGAUA